UUUAUUUUGUGUGUUUCUUACGAUACGUUAAUACAAUGGGUGAUUUAAGGCAAAAGAUCAUUAAGCAAAAAGAAUGCUUGCGACAUUACUACAACCCUAAAAUAAAGGAGCAAAACUAUGUGAAAGCAGCAAACAAUGUCGCAAAGGUGCAUUCAGAUUUGUCCGGGCUGUUGGAGCAAAUUAACAUAAGGAAGCUCAAAACACAACAACUACAGUAUAACGUACCGGCAACCGAGAACGACACUGUAUAUUUUAACAAGAUGCUGGAAUUACUGUAUGCCACCUUCAAAGACGGUCUGCGAAUGGAUGACCAAGCCAGGGAAGCUGACCUAGGUGCAACAUUCGAUAAUACAGCUAUGGUUACGCCACCAUUUCAACAACAAAUGCUAAAGGUGAAACAACAGAUUGACAUACUAUCCUUCGAAGUUGCAAAGUUAAAAUCAGUAAAUGAAGCGUUGGAUACUAUCUAUGCGAAGGAUAAAAUGGAGCUAGCUCUGGCAUGCAGCGAACCCGAGAAUGCCGAACUCGAAAACCAGAACAAUCAUUCUUAUUGAUAGAGAUUUUCUGUAAAGCGUACUUAUUCAUGAAACUGUUUUAUAUACAACAUAAACCACAACAUAAAGCAAGCUAAUACCUGUUUCAUUCGUUGCAUAUACAUGUCCCUAAUGUCUUGUGUCUUUCUCCGAGUUAUGUGUUGUCAAGUAUAAGAAAUUUUCCAGAAAAUAUACAAUAAUCAUGAAUUGACUAAA